AUGGGCAUCGUGUAUCAAACCAUCGGCAUGAUCGGGUCCUUUGUGAUCGCCAGCUCACUGGUGCCGCAGAUGAUGAAGGUGUACAAGACCAGGAGCGCCGAGGACAUCAGUCUCCGCUUCCAGCUGCUCUACUGUCUCGGCAUUGGCCUUAUUUUGGUCUACGGCAUCGGCGAGAACCUGUGGCCGAUCUACAUUCCUGCGUCCGUUGAGGAGGUUGCGGGGCUCGUUAUGCUGGGCUUGAAAUUGUACUUUGACCGCGGCGACACGAAGUCUGGCGCCUCUGAAGCUGACGUCAAGAGCCAGCAACUCGAACUGAACGCGUCGCCCCUCACUCGACGAAGCGAGACCAAGUUCACUGACGUGGCGCCCACUGCCUGA